GAACUCUCUCUCUCUCUUCGUUUCUUUAAAGCAUUAACCAUGUCCGUCGAGACCCCUCCAUCACCACCAUUGUCCACCGAGCCACCACCACCACCAUCACCACUGUCGUCGUCAUCUGAGCCUCCUUCAUCCUACGAUCUCGCACUGCUCGACACAAAUAUCGAAGAAAGCAACGGUGACGAAUCCGAUGCCCUCCAUAAUUCUACCCAAUACCCAACGAUCCAGAAUCAAGAUACUGUUGAUAAAACCUCAAACAUCCCUACCAACGGGGUUAUCGAAGAAAACACCCCAAACAACACCAUGUCCAUGGAGACGCCUCCACCACCACCACCACCACCACCAUCCUCUGAAUCUGUAGAGACCUCUCCACCACCACCACCGCCACCCUCUGAGUCUGUGGACACCCUUCCACCACCACUCUCUGUGUCUGUGGACACCGCUCCACCACCACCAUCCUCUGAAUCUGUAGAGACCUCUCCACCACCACCACCGCCACCCUCUGAGUCUGUGGACACCCUUCCACCACCACUCUCUGUGUCUGUGGACACCGCUCCACCACCACCAUCCUCUGAAUCUGUAGAGACCUCUCCACCACCACCACCACCCUCUGAGUCUGUGGACACCCUUCCACCACCACUCUCUGUGUCUGUGGACACCGCUCCACCACCACCAUCCUCUGAAUCUGUAGAGACCUCUCCACCACCACCACCACCCUCUGAGUCUGUGGACACCCUUCCACCACCACUCUCUGUGUCUGUGGACACCCCUCCACCAUCUCCAUCCUCUGAGUCUGAGCUUCUGUCCACCGAGACGUCUUCACCGCCGCCAACCUCUGUCAACAUUUGCAAUACGGAAAUUAUUGAAGAAAACGCCCCAAACAAAUCCUAUUCCUCCCAUUCUCCCAAACAAGUCCAGACGACCCAGAACCAAAACACUGAUGGGAAACCUGCGAAAAAACCGGCUUUCUCCAUUAAAGCAAAGAUAAAAAAGUUCUCAGUUAGGGCUUUACGAGAUCGCUUCACUUCCAAGCGCAAACCCCAGCCAGCCUCGAAGAAGCUCGACGAGCAGAAAAAACAUGUGGAUAAACAAGUCAAAGAUGCAUCCGAGAAAUUGGUUAAGCUCAAAAAGGAUCAAAAGGUGCAAGAACUUCGCAAACUAAAGAAGACCGUGACCAAAUUGAAGCUUAAGGUCCCUCCAAAUUACAAGAUUGAUGCAAAAGAAAAAGACCCCCAUGGGAAUCGACAACCCGAUGGUGCUAUAGGAAGCAAGGAAGAAAUUCCCCCAGAAGUGCUCAAGAAAAUGCCUAAAUUAUACAAUGCAAAUACCUUUGAGAACAGCUGGGAGUUUCAAGAUUUCAUGGCACGUUUCAGUGGGCUUAGGAUUGAACUGAAACUUUGUUUGUCGUGUUUCGCGGUGUUCCCUGAAGAUGCUAUCAUAAAGAAGAGGCUCAUGGUCUAUUGGUGGAUUGGAGAAGGUUUUGUACCACCAAUCAAUGAGGGCAUCGAGAACCCAAAAAAAACCGCGGAGGAACAUGGCAACGACUUCUUCGACAAGCUUAUGGAAUUAGGCUUUAUCGAGCCGGUCAAUGAGAGGUGGAGUCUCGUUGCGGGCAGUUGCAGAAUGCACCCUUUUAUGCGUAAUGCAGUAGUUACGCUUGCAGAGAGGGCAAAGUUUUUUGAUUUUGAUCCGAAAGGCUAUCCAAUGGUGACAUUCGGGAGUUCCUACCGGGCGUGCUUGUUGGGGACGGGUUUUGAAAAUACUGAAAAUUUUGAGAAACUUCAUAUGCUGUUUAAUGUUAGAGAGACUAUUCUUGAAUUUGAGCCAACGUGGUUAUUGAGGAUGAGAGAUGUCAAUGUUUUCCAUCUGGGAAGAUGGAAGGCCUCGGCUACUCAGCACGUUGAAGUUGAGAAACCCAACUUUUUGGAAGGCUUGAAGAAAAUGAAACAUCUGAGAUUUUUCAGCCUUCAAGGAAUCUCUGGAAUCACUGAGCUCCCCGAAUGCAUUUCGCAGCUCACGUAUUUGAUGAUUCUUGAUCUCAGAGCCUGUCAUGAUCUUGAAGUAAUUCCAGAAGGAAUUGGGUCGCUAGAGAGCUUGACACACUUGGACAUGUCCGAGUGUUACCUGCUCGAACAUAUGCCCAGGAAGCUUGCAAAGCUCACCAAACUCCAAGUCCUUAAGGGGUUUGUAGUUGGAGAUAAAAAGCGAAAGGACUCAUCGUGCACUCUUGACGAUUUGGCAAAACUACCAGGGCUCACAAAAUUGAGCAUUUACACAUGUAUGAAGAUCUUCCCUGAAGUUGAACAUGUGAAUGCUCUUGGAAAAUUUCCGGCACUUCUGAAGCUAACAAUUGAAUGGGGAGGGGGUGCUUCGCAACGUAAACCAGACAGCAAGCCUCUCGUGCAGAAAACAAAUGAUGGAGGAGAUAAAAAGAAAGACAGUGAACUGAUAGCCACUGGAGGAGAGAAAAAGAAAGACAAUGGAUUGGUUGCUAGUGGAGGAGAUAAAAAGAAAGACAAUGGAUUGAUAGCCACUGCCAAGAAACCACGAGUAGAAAGAGCACUGAGCAAAAUAUAUACCAUGAAGCAUCCAACAAUUCCGACAUCUUCAACAAGUCCGACACUUCCUUCAAGACUGAAGAAACUGGACCUUAAGUGUUUUCCUAAGAGAACAACAGCAGAUUGGCUAAAGCCUGCCAAUCUGCAGGGCCUGGAGAAACUCUACAUCAGAGGAGGAAAAUUCUUUGAUCUUGGUCAGUUUCAGGACCUUGCCAGGAAGGACAAGUGGGCAGUAGAGCAAUUGCGUCUGAAGUACUUGACUGAAUUGGAGGUGGACUGGAGAGAACUGCAGGAGUUAUUUCCCAACUUGUUUUACUUGGAGAAAGAAGAAUGCCCUAAACUCAGUUUCUUUCCAUGCAAUGCGAGUGGAGUGUGGAUGAACAAGAUGAAGAUAAAGCAGAAGGUAGAAGGUAAAGCAGUUGUAAGAGAUAGCAUUGCUAAUUAG